CACAAAUCAUUUUAAGCAAACGCUGGAUUUAAAAAAAAAUGAAAAGCUGAUAUUUUAAAUUUUAAUAAUCUAUAUAUUUGGAUUGAAAACAAACUAAAUAAAUAAUUCAAAUGGACUCCUCCAACAUAGUAAUUUAAAAUUCGCAGUAAAGUAAUUCUCAGACUAGUAACUGUUUACAUAACGACAAGGAGCUUUACAUAUGCGCAAGGAUUUUUGGAGAGCGGCGCGUGCGAACACUAAUCCACCUUUGAUGCUCUCAAGCUCCAAACUCUGCCUUAUUUUUUGAUGGCAAGACGGAAUAAUGCCAGUAUAGCAUGGCUGUCUCUCCAACUCAUGCCAUCCGUGGACCGACAUGGCAUUUAGCCGCGUCUUUCUGGACCCUCCGUCCAAGAGCAUCUCUAAGACCUUCGCGGUCAUGUUGCUGUCUAUAGUCACGUCUUUAUACUUUCUCCACUGCCUCACGGAGCGAUGCGGGACCUGUAUACCCACAGAGAGAAGAGAAGCGGGUCCAGUGGAAGGAUUGUAUGCCUCGAAACUUAAAGAUUUUGAGUCGCUGAGGAGAAAGAGACUUCUUCAGAAAUGGACCGUCAUGAGGCACCACAGCUUGAUCCACCAGCUCGAAAGUGUCCGUGAAGAGGGUUUAUCUCUUAUUGAUGCUGACAGACACGUUUUGCAGGCUCACGUAAAGAUGUCAAACUCUCUGGAUAUAGAUUUGGAGACGAGAGAAUCGUAUUUUGAUUCAGGUAAACUAAGUGCGUUAGGUGAGGGCAGUAAGAAGCUGCCUCAGGCGAUUAUCAUCGGCGUGAAGAAAGGCGGGACGCGCGCGCUGCUGGAGUUUCUGCGCGUGCAUCCAGAUAUUCGCGCGGUCGGAGCCGAACCUCACUUCUUCGACCGUAACUAUGACAACGGAAUGGACUGGUACAGGGACCUAAUGCCUAAGACUCUUGAUGGCCAGAUCACCAUGGAGAAAACACCAAGCUACUUUGUGACCCGCGAGGCUCCGGCCCGGAUCUACGCCAUGUCCCGCGACACCAAGGUGAUCGUGGUGGUCCGGGACCCUGUCACUCGAGCCAUCUCUGACUACACACAGACACUGUCCAAGAAGCCUGACAUUCCUACUUUUGAGAGCCUGACGUUCAAAAACAGGACUACAGGGUUGAUCGACACCUCGUGGAGCGCCAUUCAGAUCGGCAUCUACGCCAAACACCUGGACAACUGGCUGCAGUUCUUCCCCAUGAGCCAGAUCCUGUUCGUGAGUGGAGAGCGGCUGAUCAGUGACCCGGCCGGAGAGCUGGGCCGCGUGCAGGACUUCUUGGGGCUCAAGAGGAUCAUCACAGACAAACACUUCUACUUCAACCAGACCAAGGGCUUCCCUUGUCUCAAAAAGGCAGAGGGCAGCAGCAAGCCCCAUUGCCUGGGUAAAACCAAAGGCCGGACCCAUCCAAACAUUCACCCUGAGGUCGUGCAGAGACUUAGAGACUUCUACAGGCCUUUCAACAUGAAGUUCUACCAAAUGACUGGCAGAAAAUUUGGUUGGGAUGACUGACAGUAGACCCUGGAUUUUGAAACAAUGAAGAAACUACCUUACUGUGACCUCACCAGCAACAAAACUAUGAUAACCCCAAAAGUGGUCCAAUCUGGUUGUGGUAAACGAUAGAAAAGUCCACAUCCAACUCAAGUUAGGCACAGAACACUAUGAACAAAUGU